CAGCCUUUCCCCGGGAGAAGAUGGCGGAUCGGGCGGAGAUGUUUUCUCUCUCUACCUUCCAUUCCCUGUCACCGCCCGGAGGCAGGCCUCCCCAGGACAUCAGCCUGGAAGAAUUUGAUGAUGAAGACCUGUCUGAGAUCACCGAUGACUGUGGCAUUGGUCUCAACUAUGAUUCGGACCCUUGUGAGAAGGACAGCCUCUCUCUGGGACGCUCAGAACACCCACACCCUAUCUGCUCCUUCCAGGAUGAUUUUCAGGAGUUUGAGAUGAUUGAUGAGAACGAGGAGGAGGAAGAGGAAGAGGAUGGGGAAGGGGAGGUAGAAGGGGAACACAGGCAUGAGACACCCCCAUCACCACCCCUCAUCCCAUCUCCCUCUGCCCAAGAGCUCCAGAAACCUCGUCCCACCACCCUGAACCUUACCUCACUUGGGACCCAGGACUCUUUGAACAACAACGGGGGAUUCUCUCCUCCUCCUGCCACUUGGCAGGAGACCCUGCUGCCCUCACCCCCUGAGGAGCCCCACAAUGCACGUCGGGGGCCUCAUGUUUGCACUGCAGAUGGGCGCCGUGAGGAACAGCGUGGGCCCCCCAGUGACUGCGACUGUGAAGGGAAUCGGCCAGGAGAAGGGUCUGAGGCGUCCACGGGUCCCCCGCCUGCUCCCGGAGGUUCCUCGCCCUCCUCAGACCCGGGCAUCGAAGCCGACUUGCGCAGCCACUCCAGCGGGAGCCGCAGCAGGAGCCGGGGCCGGGGCAGGGGCCGGGGCCUUCGGAGCAGUCAGGAGCUGUCCUCACCGGGCUCGGGCUCGGCCUCUGGCUCGGACUCCGAGGACGCUGAAGGGGAGCUGGCGGCCGCGGGACCCGGGUCCGGGGGCCGAGGUCUGGGCCACAUGAUCUCCUCCAUCUCUGAGACGGAGCUCGACCUGAGCAGCGACGGCGGCAGUAGCAGCGGCCGUUCCUCCCAUCUCACCAACUCUAUUGAAGAGGCAUCGUCUCCCGCCUCCGAGCCUGAGCCGCCCGCGGAGCCUCCCGGCAGCCUGCGGCGACCCGCCUAUCUGCCCGUGGGCCCGGGAGGGGCCGGGGCUGGGCCCCCUGCCGGGCCUGACGAGGCCAACAGCGAAUAUGAGUCGGGUUCGGAGUCGGAGCCCGACGUGAGCGAAGACGCUGACUCUCCGUGGCUGCUCAGCAACCUGGUGAGCCGCCUCAUCUCCGAGGGCUCGUCGCCCAUCAGCUGCCCAGCUCAAUGCCUGUCCCCUGGGCCCGGACACCCGCCCCCAGCUCCAGCCUCAGCCUCCACAGCCGCACAGCCCGAGCGGGAGCCUCAGCGCGCCCCGGGGGCACCUGCUAGCAUCGAGCUGGAGUUGGUGGACAUGGAGACUCUGUGCGGAGGUGGAGGCGGCGGUGGCGGUGCCCUGCAGCCCCCUGGCAGGCCCCCGGCCCCGGUGCGUCCCCCGCCAGCCCAGCCUGGGCCAUUCCUCUUCCUCAGUAACCCCACCCGAGAUACCAUCACUCCCGUAUGGGGGGCACCAGGACGGGCCUCCCGCGCCAGCCGCGCCUGCUCGGCUGCCUGCUCCGAGGAAGAGGAGGACGAUGAGGACGAGGAGGAGGAGGAAGAAGAGGAGGACGAGGACGAAGAGGAAGGAGACGAAGAGGAAGACGAGGAGGCCGCAGGGGUGGUGGCCUCGCGCGGGCUGGGCCUGGGACCGGGCCCAGCCGCUGCCCGGGACGCAUCUCUGGUGUAUGACGCCGUCAAAUACACGCUCGUGGUGGACGAGCACACGCAGCUGGAGCUCGUGAGCCUCCGACGCUGCGCUUCGGGUCUCAGCCACGACAGCCCGGCCAGUGACAGUGGCAGCGACAGCGGCAGUGAGGACGCGGGCUCCCCGGCGGGGCCCGGGGCUCCAGGGGCGCGGGACCUGCUACGAGGCGGCGGCAGCGGCGCCGCCUCCCCAGACAGCCCGGACAGUCCCGACCUCACCUUCUCCAAGAAGUUCCUCAACGUCUUCGUCAACAGCACAUCCCGCUCCUCCAGUACAGAAUCCUUUGGGCUUUUUUCCUGCGUGAUCAAUGGGGAGGAGAGAGAGCAAACCCAUCGAGCUGUGUUCAGGUUCAUCCCAAGACAUGCCGAUGAGCUGGAACUCGAUGUGGAUGACCCUGUUCUGGUGGAGGCUGAGGAGGAUGACUUCUGGUUUCGAGGCUUUAACAUGAGGACAGGAGAGAGGGGCAUCUUCCCAGCCUUCUAUGCCCACGCUGUUCCUGGCCCCACCAAGGACCUGCUGGGGGGAAAGCGGAGCCCGUGCUGGGUGGAACGUUUUAACGUGCAGUUUCUGGGCUCUGUGGAGGUUCCCUGUCACCAGGGCAAUGGGAUCCUGUGUGCAGCUAUGCAGAAGAUUGCCACAGCCCGGAAGCUGACUGUCCAUUUGAGACCUCCAGCCUCCUGUGACCUCCAGAUCUCCCUUCGAGGGGUCAAGCUGAGUCUGAGUGGGGGUGGGCCUGAGUUUGAGCGAUGCAGUCACUUCUUCCAGAUGAAGAACAUUUCAUUCUGUGGCUGCCACCCCCGAAACAGCUGCUAUUUUGGUUUCAUUACCAAACACCCAGUUCUCAGCCGCUUUGCUUGCCAUGUGUUCGUCUCCCAAGAGUCCAUGCGGCCUGUUGCCCAGAGUGUAGGUCGAGCCUUCUUGGAAUAUUAUCAAGAACACCUGGAGUAUGCGUGCCCCACAGAAGACAUUUACCUGGAGUAGUCCUGCCUGGGCCCCUCUCCUCCCCUGGGGAGACAGGAGGAGGGAGUGACCUUAUGUGCUUAGAGAUCUCUGAGGCUGCACUGGGAACUCUGGCCCUUAUCCCUUUCCCUUCCCCACCCAGGGCACAUUAAGGGGGAGACACUGGCCUUUUCCUGGUGGGAAUGGGGGCCCUGAGCAGAUCCAGGAAUCACUUGAGACCUCCCCCUUCCACGUCCCUCCCUCUCUUUGGCUAUCCCUCUCUGUGUCUGUCUCUCCCCCUCUGUGCCUCUCUGAGUCUCUCCCUCUUUCUGUCUGUCUCUCUCUCUCUCUCUCUCUGUGUCUUUUUCUUCUUGUCUAUUCUCUCGGCAUAUUUCUCUCUUGCUCUGCAUCUCUCUUUAUCUCUGUCUUUCCUCAUGUCUGCCUCUGCCCUUCCACUAGCCCUUGGUCAGAACUGGGGGCUAUGGCAGGGUGUUCUUCUGUCUGAGAUGACUGUCCCCCAAAGGAAUCCCUCCUCAACUCCCCUCCCCAUUUAUUUCUAAAGGAGUUUUAAUUUUUAUAGAGAAUCUAGAGGGAUCAGCUAGCUGUCUUCCCCAUCCUUCUCUGCCCAGCUUGGCCAGGAUCAGGGCACACCCCAAGGGGGUGGGUGUCUCAGCUCCUCCCAAGACCAGGAACUACAGAAGUGGUUCUAUGCUUCCAUAGAGCCCAGGAGACAUAGCGGGUUCUUGGUUCCCCUAGAACCCAGAAGAUACAGAAAGGAUGUUCCCUGUCCCCCUCCACCCUUGGAGAGUCCAGGUGGUAGGGGGAGGGAUUCUUGCCCCUCAAUGAGCCCAGGAAACAUGUGAGUGUUCUCUGCCCCUAACAGAGCCUGGGAGACCCAAGGAGGGCCUCCCCUGCUCCUUCCUGAGUCCAGGGGACACAGAAGGGUACCCUCUGCAGAGUCUAGGGGAGGGGGUCCCUCAGCAUCUCCCUGGCCCUGCUGUGCCUGACCACACCGUUGCUUUGCCGUCACUGGCCCGCUCACAGCUGUCUAGUGCGAGUGUAUCUGCCCCCUCCCCCCCAUGCUGUAUAUCCAGGCCUGGCCUAAGGGGCCCUCAAUAAACUAUCUGCUUGGUGUGA